AUGGAAAAGGAUGCCGACGUGAAGCUGGUUGAUCAUGCAAAGAAAGGCAUCCCUACUGAUACAUACUCCUAUCGAUAUGUUGAACGGUCCAUUCAAAAUGGCAAACUUGAAGAUCUUGAAACCCACCGAGCUGUGGGAAUCAGACCUCGUCCAACUGGGGCAACUCACAUUGCUACCAAAGGAACCAGGCAAUCCUUCACCUUGCAAGAUGACCAAAUUCUGUUUGACUGGAUUGCCCACAUUCAGAAAGAAGAACCUGGAUCUCCUCUUAUGGGUAAUAAAUUGUACCAGGUACUAGAAGAACUUCACCCUAAUCAUACAUGGCAAUCGUGGCGUACUCGAUACGUGAAGCAGCUGCGUGGCAAACCCCGUCCUGGAGGUGGAGUUCCUGAACUACGCCCGGAGUUUAUGAAAGAUGCUCCAUCUGGCUCAAAGCGAAAGCGAGAUUCAAACUUAAACCCAGUCGAGAAUCCCCAGUCCGGAGAUUCACCCUCAAAGAGGAGAGCAGUUGAUACAGCUUCUAGCUCUGCUCAGCCCGUACCGCGUUUGAUAUCCUCUAAUCGGCCAAAACUGUCGAAUAUGGCACCAAACCCAGCGUCUAAACCCCUAUCCAAAGACCCUAUCGCCCCAUCUCCAACAGCAAAGGCACACGGGAUUUAUGGAGACCCCACCCCAUUCCAGGUCCCAAGUCCUUUCACAGAAACUCGUCGUGGGGAUCUUGCAUUCCCACCACCGCCCUUCAAUACCUCACAACAACUAGUCAACACAACACAGCCAUCGAUACAAAAGCCGGUCAAUACAUUACAACAGCCAGCUUCCAUUUCUCAGCCAAGAAAAGAACAAUUGACCCCCGUCUCCAAUUUAAGAGAAGAGAGGCCAGUCCCCAUUUCCCGUCCGAGAGGAGACAAUGCCUUUGCCCAGUCAGGUCGAUUUAAGAACCAGCUGAACAAGAACAGACCUCCAGUCGAAGAUCCCUUCAGAGACCCAGUGGAUGCCGUGUUCUUAGAGCUGCCAUUCUUCCCAGCAAGCCCAAGCCCAGAAAUUAUAGACGACGACGCAAGUGACGGACCAGACGUGGACACCUGGAUCGAUGAACGGCUCAGUCGGGGCGUUGAUGAGAAUCACGUUUUCGACGCGUUGCGCUGCACAAGCAUGGUUCCCGACAUGGCCGACAAAGUUCUACACCAGCUCACUGCUGGGAACGGGAUCCCUGAAAAUGUACCUGGGGUGUGGACAGCAGAUGAUGAUCGAUGUCUACAGGCCGAAGAAAGGGCGAAAGUGGAACGAGCCUUGAUGAAGCACGGUGCUGAAUUCGUCAAGGAGCGGUGGGAGUACUACAGAAUGGCGCGGGAGACAGGUCUCAUUUAG